AUGGGCGCCAUCGUCGGCGCGCAGUUCGCCGUCUCGGCCGCGCACUGCUUCGUCGACUCGCGCACGGGCGAGCUGAUCCGCGAGCGGACGAUCAGGGCCCAGGUGGGCGCGCCCGACAUCGGGACGUCGCGCAUCGGCGUCGAGGUGCUGCGCGUCUACGUCCCGGCGGAGUACAAGAAAUCGGACGGCGGCAUGGCCGGCAUCUACGACAGGGCGGACAUCGCCGUGGUGAAGUUGGCGCGAAGCGUCGUGAAGCCGCCGGACUCGUGCGCCUUGAGGAUAUCACCGUUGCCGAGGAGUCACGUCUUGGGUGCAGGCGACACUUCGCUGGUGGCCGGUUACGGUUGCAGUCGCAACGAGGACCCGAGGAAGCUCAAGUACACGAUGAUGAAGCCGAUCGAUGACGAGACCUGCGGCGUCAAGUAUCUGCUCGGCGAAGACGACAGCGUCUUUUGCGCAGCGGUGACGGAUGCCAACGAGGGUUCCGCUGUUUGUCGGGGUGACGAUGGCACACCCUACGUACACAAAUCCGGCGUCGUUGGUAUUCUAUCGUACGUACCCUCGGAUCGCUCGUCCGACGCGAUUUUCACCAAAGUCGGAGCCUACGAGCAAUUCAUCAAGCGAGCUAUGACUGAAAAGAUAGACCUAACUAUCAAAGUUGUGGAUUAUCGCUCGUAA